UGCAACUUUUAGUUCCUGAGAGAACAACCCUGACAAACAGACAUUCUGGGGACCCUGGCAUUGCCAAGCCUGGACAUGCUCCUGCUGCUAUUGGCCCUGCUCUGGAGGAGGGAGGGGGCUGACGGCCAGAGGGCACCCCAGGGCUGGGUCAAGGGGGGUUACAGGCUGCAAAUGCGGGGCUCGGUGGCUGUGCAGGAGGGCCUGUGUGUGCUCGUGCCCUGCAGCUUCUCACUCCCCGAGGACCAUGGGUCUGACUUUACCUCUGCUUUCGGCUACUGGUUCCGGGAAGGGACCAGUGAAGUUCACGGUGCUCCCGUGGCCACAAACAACCCAGGUCGAAAAGUGCAGGAGGAGACCCAGGGCCGAUUUCAUCUCCUCGGGGACCCCUGGGCCUACAACUGCUCCCUGGAUAUCAGAGACGCACAGAGAAGGGACUCGGGGACAUACUUCUUUAGGGUGGAGAGAGGGUCUUCUGUGAAACAUACUUACCGACAGAACCAGCUCUCCGUUCAAGUGACAGCCUUGACCCACACACCUGACAUCCUCAUCCCAGAGACUCUGGAGUGUGGCCGCCCCGGGAACCUGACCUGCUCUGUGCCCUGGGCCUGUGAGCGGGGCACACCGCCCAUCUUCUCCUGGAAGUCAGCUGCCCUCACCUCCCUGGACUCCAAGACCCAUCUCUCGUCGGUGCUCACCCUCACCCCACGACCCCAGGACCAUGGCAUGCCCCUCACCUGUCAGGUGACCUUGCCUGGGGCCAGAGUGACCAUGAUGAGGACCGUCUACCUCAAUGUGUCCUACUCUCCGCAGAAUUUGACAGUAACCGUCUCCCAAGGAAAUGGCACAGCACCCACAGCCCUGGAGAAUGGCUCAUCUCUUUCAGUCCUGAAGGACCAGUUCCUGCGUCUGGUCUGUGUGGUCAACAGCAACCCCCCUGCCAGGCUGAGCUGGACCCGGGGGAGCCUGACCCUGUGCUCCUCAAAUCCCUGGAACCCUGGGGUGCUGGAGUUGCCUCGAGUACAGGAGAAAGAUGAAGGAGAAUUCACCUGCCAAGCUCAGAACCUGGUGGGCUCCCAGCAUGUCUCCCUGAGGCUCUCCCUGCAGAGAAAAGCAUGGCCUUUCUCAGAGAGGAUGCUGGGGGCGGCUGGGGGAGCAGGUGUUACGGCUCUGCUCUUCCUGUUCCUCUGCGUCAUCGUCAUCACCGUGAGGUCCUGCAGGAAGAACGCCCCACGGCCAUCAGUGGGCAUCAGGAAUAUGGGCAUGGAAGGUGCAAAUGCUGUCACAAGGUCAGUCUCUCAGGGUCCCCUGAUUGAAUCCUGGGCAGGCAGCCUUCCCCCGGAUGCAGCUACCCUCUGCUCAGGGGAAGAAGAAGAGCUCCAUUAUGCAUCCCUCAGCUUGCACGGGACAGAGCCCUGGGGACGGCAGGAACAGGCGGCCACUGGUAUCGAGUACUCGGAGAUCAAGAUUCACCAGUGAGAGCCUGCUGAGACCCAGCCCUGGCUUGAGGGAUCUUGGCCCCUGAGGGGCAAAGAAAAAGUCAGAGGCUGAUCCCUGUAGAAUUAAAAGGCCUGCAGGUGAAGAGCUGUAAGUACAGCGGAAAGAACGCAGAUUUCGGAAACAGGGAGUUUCAAGUGCAAAGCCACACCGCCCCUUUACUAAGUAAGCGACAGACCAAUCCCCACCUUUCUGUGCCUCAGUUUCCUGCUCUGUGAAACUGGGAUGAGAAGCGCUAGCUGCAAGCUCGUGGUGAGAAUUGCAGUAGGAAAAUCCUGUCGGAGCUCCUGGCACAAAGUGUAUGCUGACCACAUGCUGGAUCCCUGCGCUUUGAGCAGAAAAGUCUUCCUGAGAAUUCUCCUGAUUCUGGAAGGUUCCAGCAGCAGCCCUCACUCUCGCCUGCUGACAGGGCUCCUCCUGGAACGCCCUCCCGCCAGACCUUCCUCUGCCUCUGUUCUUGAAAGCCAAGCUCAAGAGGUAGACUUCCGGGCUCAGAAGGGGGUCCAGCAGUGGGACAUGAUCUCUCCCUAUAGAGACAAGCCAAACCAAUGAGAAAGGUUCCCAAACGUGUAAGUACUCACAUAUGUAUACCCAUGGAAAUCGGCAAGUUGGUUCCCAAAGUUACGUAGAAAUGAGAAGGACCUAGAACAGCAAAAACCGUCUGGUAAAAGAAUAACACGGUUGCAGAAAUGAGACUUUACUAUAAAGUAGGGCAAUCAGGACACGGCGGCAUUAAACAGAAUAGAGUCCAUAAAUAGGGCGUGUACGUAUAGUUAAUCGAACAGGUCCAAGUCUAUUCAAUUGGCAGAGGAGGGACUUUUUAACAAAUGGCGGUGAACCUUGACCCCUUUCUCGUGUCACUUGCAAAAAAUUAGUCUGAGAUGAAUCAUAAACCUAAAAGUGAAAACUAUAAAGGUUUUAUAAUUGUGCUGCCCAGUGCGGUAGCCAGUAGCCAUGGCAUUUAAGACGUGUUACACUACGGCGCCUGGGUGGCUCAGGCAUUUAGAGCGUCCGACUCUUGGUUUUGGCUAGGGUUGUGAUCUCAGGGUCCUGGGAUAGAGCUCUGAAUCUGGCUUGCUCGGGGGUGGGGGGAGGUCUGCUUGUU